AUGAAAACUCUUGCGCCCCUGGCAUUUGCCGCUGCCGCUUUGCCUUUUACGAAUGGCCUGCCUAGUACAAUUGAUGUCCACGCUGAAUUGGUCAACGGGACAACGGUCAACAUCACUUUUAUCAAUGAGAGCGCAGAAUCCUUUAACAUUCGUAAAACUUACUCUAUCCUUGACGAUAAGCGUCUGAGGGUGAUGAAUGUGCACAAUGUGGACCAAGGACUUCAGCUCAGAAACGGGUUGCCACCCGGUGGCAAACGGGAGGAGCUCGAGUUUCAACCCAUGCCAGCACAUGGCAGUAUCAGUACAACUAUCGACAUACUUGAUAUCCGCGCAGUCUUCUGGCUCCCUAGUCAUCAUACUUUCCCGUUUUGGGUGGCGGGCAGCCUGGAGAUUGCCGAGGAGGGGAGCACGACGAUAGCCGGCAUCAUAGAGUACGAAACGGAGAAAGUAACCAUAAACAACGAGCUUAUCCCCCCGCUAUCAGAUGUCUUUGAAGAUAGGACUGAUUGCUCUCCGGAAUGGACAAACGUGCUUAAGGAAGGCAUACUUGGCUGCGCGUCUCUGGCAGGAGCGGCGCAGCAAGCUGCAUCGUGUGGCUCGGCUCUUCGAAUGGAGGAUUACUUCAAGGACUCUAGCCAGGAAACGAGAGAUUCUGUUGCGGAUACCUUUGCUAAAGUUGCUGCCGAGUGCAGCCUAAACAACACACGACUUUACUUCACAUGUCAACAUCGUUUAUGCCGGCUGAGCAACACCGGUGCAUAUUUCUAUUUUUCAGACCCAUCACAUGUCCUCUUCUGCCACCGAGGGUACCUGGCACCAACGUUUCCGACGCCUGACAGUCAAUACUCUGUUGUCCAGACCCUGAUUCACGAGGUAACUCACAUAGAGCGGGUCAAGGGAGCACAGGACCUGGGAUAUGGCUUAAAAGGCAUAACGGAUAUUGAUAAGGAUGAUAAUCUUAACAACUCCGACACAUAUGCUUGGUUUGCUGCUGCAGUUUACCUGAACGAGGAGACGAUGAACAAAACAAAAGUCGAGGAAAGGUGGGAAAGAUCGCGGUACAGCCAAUUCAACCCUUCUCGCAUUGGGAAUAUGACCAGAUCUAAAUUUCUAAGUAUUCCGAUCAGUGAUCGCUUGGAGCGAUUCGAGUUUGAAUAG